AUGUCGCAGCUCGCUCAAAUCAAGAAGCUUGGCCGUGAAGGCACCAUCAAUAUGCAGGCCUCUCUCUCGCCUAGUUCCUCUGGGCGCGACGCCACCGACCGGCGAAACCGCCGAGAAGUCGACAGGAAGUUCCUCAGGGGUCUCAACAAAGACCAAGUGAAAAGCUAUGCCAUUGCCCACGGUGUCGACCCUCAUCUGACGCAGGAACAAAUCAUCAAUUCUAUCUUUGCUAACAAAAGGGUGGUUCCGCUGCUACCCAUGAAGAAGAUGGUGCGGCGUCGAGUCAUUGAAGGCCUGACAUACGAAGAAGUACAGAGAUAUGCUAAGGCCCUCAAGGUCGAUCCAGAGCUGCCCAAGGAGGAAAUAAUCAAUCGACUGUACAAAGAUAGAGAUUUGAUACCCUGGUUCCGUGUGGGCCGCAGCUUCCGCGGGCCCACCCUCGAGGGGCCAAUCAUCAAGCAGGUACUGCCCGGAUGUGACGUCUUGAUUCAGGAGAAGGCGCAUAACGCAGGGUACAACCCACAUAAGAGACAUAUUGUGGAGCACGAGCGAAUGUAUGGGGAAGACCCCCUCCCACCGGGAGCCCCAACUCCUCCCGCGUCGCCAUCACCAGAGUCGCAGACAGUACUACCUGGCGGGCAGUCGGAGCAUAGCCUCUCAAUUCCAUUCAAUACUCACCGUAAAGGCCUUCCGUCGCGUAAACGCCCUGCUAACAUGCUCGAGGAAGGAGUCGUCGCCGGGUCCUCUGGCCAGCAGAGUACAAUCGUUCCAACUUCUGCUUCACUUGGCGACACUGGAAGUAAUACGCCACCAUACAAAAAGAGAAGACGGGCCACAAGUCAUACUGUCUCUGAAUGCGUGACCACGGACGACGACGACGACGAACUAUACUACGAUAGCGACAUCUAUGGGAGCGCUUUGAGCGAGGCUGAGAAUGAGAACAACUGUGGCCCCUCUAAUUCCAGGGGCAAUCAACGUCACGGAGAGGAUGAUGGCAGCACCGACCGUGACGGAGGGAACGAUGGUGGACCUCCGACCAGCCAGGCAUGUUGA